AUGUCCAUUGCACUUGCUCACCACUGCUACCCUGAGUUUUAUAGAAGCACAACCUCCAAGUGGGGUGCACAAGGUACCUUAGACCAGGUGUUGACAUGUGGCACUUCUUAUCUCCCAGUUGCCUUCCCCAGCAUCGCUGAGGAUGAUGACGACAAGAUCGUGGGAGGCUACACCUGUGCAGAGAACUCUGUUCCCUAUCAGGUGUCCCUGAAUUCCGGAUAUCACUUCUGUGGAGGUUCCCUCAUCAGCAGCCAGUGGGUCCUGUCAGCUGCUCACUGCUACAAAUAUCGCAUCCAAGUGCAGCUCGGGAAAAAUAACCUGGCCCUGACAGAAUCAACACAGCUGUUUAUUAACUCAGCUAAAGUCAUCCGCCACUCUGGCUACAGCGCCUAUACCCUGAACAAUGACAUCAUGCUCAUCAAGCUUGCCACCCCAGCCCAGCUCAGCAAGGCUAUCCAAACAGUUCCUCUGCCCACCAGCUGUGUGGCCGCUGGCACCACUUGCCUGAUCUCCGGCUGGGGCAACACACUCAGCAGUGGCAGUAACUAUCCAGAUGAGCUGCAGUGCCUGAAGGCUCCGGUGCUGUCUGCCACUGACUGCCAGAACGCCUACCCUGGUCAGAUUACAAGCAACAUGAUGUGUGUAGGAUUCCUGGAGGGAGGAAAAGACUCCUGCCAGGGAGAUUCCGGCGGUCCCGUGGUCUGCAACGGAGAGCUCCAGGGCAUUGUUUCCUGGGGCAUUGGAUGUGCCCAGAAAGGCUACCCUGGAGUUUACACCAAGGUUUGCAAUUACGUCUCCUGGAUCCAAUCCACUAUAGCCGCCAACUGAGACCCUCUCACUCAAUGUGACCUGCUUUUUCUCAUCAUCCUUUCCUCUCUUUUGGGUCUGGACAAACAA